AUGGUGGUUAUUUUCGGGAUGGUUAUUGCGAACAUGCUUUUUGGCGGAUUUUCUGCGCCCAUAACCAUCUACAAUUCGAUACACGGGGAGUUUGCCUCGGCCAACUUUUGCGCGUUCGAAGGGUGGAGUGGGUUGGGGUUUGGAUCUGAGGCGGGGAUGUCAACUUUCACUAUCAGCAUCGAGAGAUAUCUGGUCAUUGUUAAGCAAAGACAAGUGACCGUCCCGAUCAUGAUCGUAAUGGCAAUGAUGACAUGGGUACCUGGUUUGUUCAUCGGGACAUACCCUUGGCUUACUGGACGAUUCGUCUUGCGGCCAGCCCAGAUCGCUUGCUCUGGGGCAUGGUAUACCCGCGAACCCCUGGCUCUAGCUCAUACCAUUUUCUGCAUCAUCAUGUUGAGUUCGACAAUGGUGCUGACGGUUGUAUUCUACGGGAAAACUUUCCUAGUCGUUCGAUCACAAGUUAAUGAGCUGAGCGGAAUGAUUAAGACUGAACUGAUGAUGUCUUCAAAUGGAAACAGUACGAUUGAUCAAUCGCAACAUGAACAAAUGGUGCCUGCGGCGGACGGUGGUGGGGGAUUUUGGGCGCGACUUAGGGAGAAUAUCAAAUUCUCAUUGAGUUUUUUUGGAAACGGGGACCUUGAUGACCAGGCAGAGGAGAAUAGCCAAGGUGCUCGCAGCAAACGGGUGUCCUUUACAAAGAAAAGCAUGACAAGAAAGCAAAAAACCCAGCGCUUGGAGAGAGAAGUUCUUCGGCGUUCCGUCCGUAUUGUCGGGCUGUUCAUGUUUGGAUGGUGCAUUCAUGCAACAAUGUUUGCAUACGAGGCAAUAUCUGGAAAGGCUUGCCCGUACGUUAUGGAUUUUUUUGGCCACACGAUGGUUAUAGUGGGUGCCGUCAUUCAGCCGUUCCUCCUGGUUCACGAUAACAAGCUCUUUGGUCGUGCGCUCUGCGAACAGUUAAAAAUUCCCCCGGCUUGGAUAGGCCUAUCACCACCCGGCAAAUAACUGCAUAUUAAGCGUCCAUUGAUUGCUUAAGAUGACCAUUCUUUUGAUUACUAUUAUUUUGUAGAAUUGUGUUUUAGAAAAUAAAUAUUCCAAUAGUAAG